GCGGCGCACAUCACAGGGCCUCAGCCCCGCUCAGCAUCCACGUCACCUGAGCAGCUCCUAAGGCAGCAUUUCUAAGGCUGUCACCUGGGCAUCUGGAAAUGUUUUCAAGUCGCACGGAUGAUUCCGAUGCACAGCGGGAACAUCCUGUGACAAGAAGUCUUGAUGUAGCCCCCAGGCUCCUGCUCUGGAAGGAAAAGCCUGAUGUGGAGGACAGAGGGAGGAAGGCAGGCAGAGCCGGCACUUGGGGACGGCAGUGGUCCGAGCGGCUCCGGAGCAGAAGCUCUUCUCACAGAGGCGGGGACAGACCGGCAGUGGACACCCUGGCGCCCCCCGCAGCCCCUGCCCCCCGAGGGCCGGUCCCCUGGCAGGGGCUCCUGCUGGCAGUCUCACUCUUAACCUGGAACCUGCCCACAACUGCCCAGCUCACUGUGGAGUCAGUGCCGCCCAAUGCUGUCCAAGGGCAGGAUGUUCGUCUGCUUGCUCACAAUCCUCCUGAGAGUCUUCUAGGCUAUGUCUGGUACAAAGGGAACCGUGUAAAUUUCAACUCUACAAUUGUAUCAUAUGUAAUAAACACACAAGCAGUUACCCCAGGGAUCACAUACAGCGGCCGAGAGACAAUAUACCCCAAUGGAUCGCUGUUGUUCCAGAAUGUCACCCAGGAGGACACAGGAUACUACACCCUACAAGCCUUACACGGAAGUCUUUUAAAGAGUACAACAGCAGCUGUCCAGCUUGGUGUCUACCCAAAUGAGAAAGCCUCGGAGUCCUCCCCAUGGACUAUCCCCGGCACUGUGAUUGGGGUCUUGGUCGGGGUGGCACUGGCAGCUGCCCUAGGGUGUUUCCUGUUCCUCAAGAAGACUGGAAGGGCCAGUCGCCAGUGUUUACACAAAGAGUUUGGCCCUCCAGCACCCACCCCUGGCCGAAGUCCCUCCAGCAGCUCCACCUCACAGGCCCCACUACCUGAUGCCAGGGCAGCUGUUCCCAUCUAUGAGUGUUUGUCACACCCCGACACGAACAUUUACUGCCGCAUUGACCAUAAAGCAGAUGCGGCUUCUUCGUUUCCUCCAUCAGCUGCUCUUUAAGAGCUGUGGCAGGGUCCGCCUGACCCCACUCCCUGGCUAGGGUCACAAGCUGGAGCCUGAACCAGAAAAUCAGCUCUGAGCCUGGGCAUAUUCAGGGACCCGAGGCCAGGUUCCCGACCCUCCUGAUUUCUGCAGACCCCGAAGGGCUGCCCUGAUUCCUGGGUGGGCCAGACAAAGGCUCCCAUCCCCCCAGGAAGUGGGGGAGCUUCCAGGGACAGUGACCUGACCCUCCUCCACCACCUGAGAGGGUGUGAAUAAAGAGGACCCUUCACCUCUUUUGUCUUUUGCUCUGAAUGGGAACAUGUCUAGCAGAAAUUCACCUGAAACUUUGGUCCCUUCUCUCCUGAGUCACACAGGGGUAAUUUUAUCUCUGUUCCUGGGAAGGAGGAGGGUGAGGGGUGCAUAUGGGGCAGGGCCAUACUAACAGGAAAGGAAGAGAUCACAAGAGCUGACCCAGCCAGGGGU